CAAAGCACCCGUCUUUUGAGCUGCAUUUGAGGCAAUUAGAGGCUGGGAUUAAACAAACACCCAGCACCAGCAUCCUCAGCAGCAAGGGUUAUUAUCCUGGUUGGCUGGGGCAUGGAGCUGUGGUGAGGCCAGGUCAUCCCACAGUUGUCCCACAUCUCCCUGCUCUUCACAGCCAGGUCCAGCAGGGAGGCACAGCCUGCACUCAGCAGUAAUGGGAGCCCUGAGGUGGCUUUUCUGGGCUGGGCUGGGCUACCUGAGCUGCUGCUGGCCCCCACAGGCACAGGCACAGUUUCCCCGUGCCUGCAUGACGGUGGAAGCCCUUCGCCUGAAACGCUGCUGCCCGCCCUUGGGGACAGAGCCAGGCAAUAUCUGCGGGGCCCUGCAGGGCAGGGGACAGUGUGAGGGGGUGCAGGCAGACACUCAGCCCUGGAGUGGCCCCUACACUCUCCAAAAUGUGGAUGACCGUGAACGGUGGCCCCUCAAGUUCUUCAACCACAGCUGUCACUGCACAGGAAACUAUGGUGGGUACAAUUGUGGUGAAUGCAAGUUUGGCUGGACUGGCCCCGAAUGCAACAGGAGGAAGCCAGCAGUUGUCAGGAAGGACAUCCACUCCCUGACAGCACAGGAGAGAGAGCAGUUCUUUGACGCUCUAGACCGUGCCAAGACAACCAUUCACCCGGACUAUGUCAUUGCAACUCAGCACUGGAGAAGUCUGCUUGGUCCAAGUGGAGAUGAACCACAGAUUGCCAACUGCAGUAUCUAUAACUACUUUGUUUGGCUCCAUUAUUACUCAGUCAGAGACACACUCUUGGGUCCUGGCCGCCCCUUCAAAGGUAUUGAUUUCUCCCACCAAGGACCUGCCUUUGUUACUUGGCAUAGGUACCACUUGCUGUGGCUGGAGAGGGAACUGCAGCGCCUGACGGGCAAUGAGUCCUUUGCGCUGCCCUACUGGAAUUUCGCCACGGGCAGGAAUGAGUGUGACAUCUGCACGGACCAGCUCUUUGGGGCAUCCCGGCCUGAUGACCCGGGCCUGAUCAACCUGAGCUCCAGGUUCUCCCGGUGGCAAGUAGUUUGUAACAGUUUGGAUGACUACAACCGCCUGGUCACGCUGUGCAAUGGCACUGACGAGGGGCCCCUCCGGCGGAGGCCGCCCCGCGGCUCCAGCGAGCAGCUCCCCAGCGUGGAAGAUGUCAGGAGGUGCCUUUCCCUGCAGGAGUUCGACAGACCCCCCUUUUUCCGCAAUUCCAGUUUCAGCUUCAGGAAUGCGCUGGAGGGCUUUGAUAAACCAGAUGGAGCCCUUGACUCGCCAAUGCUGAGCCUUCAUAAUUUGGUUCACUCUUUCCUGAAUGGGACCAGUGCUCUCCCUCAUGCAGCUGCCAAUGAUCCCAUCUUUGUGGUUCUUCACUCCUUUACUGAUGCCAUCUUUGAUGAGUGGAUGAAGCGUUUCAAGCCCCCUGACAACGCUUGGCCCGAGGAGCUGGCUCCCAUUGGGCACAACCGGCUGUAUAACAUGGUCCCUUUUUUCCCUCCGGUGGCCAACGACGAGCUCUUCCAAACUGCAGAGCAGCUCGGCUACACCUAUGCCAUCAACCUGCCAGGUUCCCUUGAUGAAACCCAAGCAUGGGCUGUCAUGGUUGGAUCCACAAUUGGAGGAGCUCUUACAGCUCUGGCCGUGCUUGUCCUGCUGCUUGUGCUUUUCCAGCACCGAAGGCACAGAAGAGGUUUUGAACCCCUGAUGAAUGUGAGCUUCAGCCCCAAGAAGUACAUGGGAGAGGCCUAGUGCCCUCACUUUCUCUGCUUGCUCUUGUAGGAAGCGACCUUGAUUGCCUUACUGGAAUCUUAGCUGAGACUUUAUCACACACUCCUUUGGCAGCUGACUAAAUUGUUCUCAUUCAGGUUUUUCCCGUUAUCUUGUGAAUUGUAAUACAUGAAGUCUCUGGGUACAUGUGAGAAAGGCUCUAGUCAGGCUAGAUUUUUCUCAUUACUAAAUGUUAUCUGGAGUGUGUGACACUCGUAAAUCAUCCUCUAGAGAUUUAGGU